UGAAGAGAAUAGAAUUAAAAAAAGACGGUUCCUUGCGAAAAAACGCAUCUUUGAGGCGAUAAGAACGCCCGAGGUCAUCAAGCCCACUACUCCUCUCUCUCUCUCUCUCUCUCUCAAACUUCUCUCUUUCAAGCCACGAGCACCCAUUGAAGGAUUUCAAGAAGAGUCAUGGGAGGAUUUGGGUCUGAAGAGGAUAACCACUGGCCGCCAUGGCUGAAGCCAUUGUUGAAGACGAGCUUCUUCGUUCAAUGCAAGCUUCACUCUGAUUCUCACAAGAGCGAAUGCAAUAUGUACUGCUUGGAUUGUAUGAAUGGAGCCCUCUGCUCUCUUUGUCUCGCUUAUCAUCGCGAUCACCGAGCCAUUCAGAUCAGGAGAUCCUCGUACCAUGACGUGAUCAGAGUCUCAGAAAUCCAAAAGGUCCUCGAUAUCACCGGCGUGCAGACGUACAUUAUCAACAGUGCCCGCGUCGUCUUCAUCAACGAGCGGCCUCAGCCGAGGCCUGGCAAGGGUGUAACCAACACCUGCGACGUCUGCGACCGCAGCCUCCUCGACUCCUUCCGCUUUUGCUCUCUCGGCUGCAAGAUUGUUGGCACAUCUGAUGGUUUCAACAAGAGCAAGAAGAGCAAUGCGAAGAAGAAGAAGGCGGUCGCGAUGGCGUCGGAUUCUGAAGAGUCCUACUCCGGCGGCAGUGCGAAGAGCAAUGUGAUACAGAGCUUCAGCCCCUCGACACCGCCGCGGACGCUGGUCAAUUUCAGGAGUGCGAGGAGGAGGAAGGGAGUUCCUCGUAGAGCUCCCUUCGGGAGCUUUAUGUUGGAGUACUGAGGAUCUAGUAUAAUCCUAUCCUUGCUAUGAUCACAAUUAGUUCGUUGUUGUUGUUCUUGUUGUUUUCGGUUUAUAUAAGCGCACCCUCUUGAACUUGGGGGGUGGUGUUAGAGUUUUAGCUACUAGAUACAGGGGAAAAAAAAAAGAGGAGAUAUAUAUGAGGGUAUGUAAUAAUACUUAGGGUGGGGGGUUGUUUAAUUACUGCAUAUAUGUUCAUGGUUUGGUAAGUUUUGUGAUACUAGCCUUUGUGAAAUGUAUAUAUAGGAAGUGAGAGUAGAAAGGGGG